GGGAGGACGCAUGACGCGCGGUCGGUUGCACAUCCAAAAGGACCCUGCCCGUGUGAGCUUGGGAGUCAGGACGGCGAGUCCAAACCGCCUCCUUGUCCCGCAAAGAGACGGGCGGAGAUGUCCCGCGACUACGACACCGCGGCCUCGCUCGCCCGCAUCGCCGCCGCGUGCGACGGCGCCUUCCUCGGCGUCGCCCUCGCAAUCUGCGCCGCUCGGUCCUGUUUCAAGUACCUUGCCACCACCUCCGCCCUCCACCGCAUCCGCAACGCCCCCGCUGCCCGCAUCUCCGACCUCCGUUCUCUCCUCCCCGCUGACCCCGUCUCCGACGACGAAGGACGGCUCGUCGUCGUCCGCGGCCAGGUCCAGCCCCGCCCCGCCGUGGAGUCGAGCUUGUUGGCCCCCAAGAACCGCAGCGUCUUCGUUUCUCAGAGCUCCGGCGAGAGGGCCGUCGUCGUGCAGCACACCGAGACGUGUCUGUACAAUGAAUGGAGGGGCAUCUUUGGAUGGAGUUUUGAUCUCCAUGCGCUCUUUGCGAAAUCCUUGAAAGAGCAAAGGUCAAGCUCAUUGAGAACAGUACCAUUUGCUCUUGUGGAGGGUGGCCAAUGGCCCCAUUCUGCUUAUGUUCAUGUUAGUUUGGAUGGUUCAGCUCAUCCAAUUCCUCUCACCACAGUUUGUCAUCAUCUGCGCCCUGUUCAGGCAACUCCAUAUACAUUCUUCCAGGCCAUCUUUGGCAGUGGGUUUCCAGUUGCAUUGUUGCAUGAAGAAAAGAUUCUUCCAGUCGGAAAGGAAAUCACAGCAGUUGGCAUUUGCAGAACACGAGAUGGAAGUCUCGAGAUAAAAUCAUGUGAAGAGCUCCCUUACUUCUUAUCUGAUAUGACAAAGGAUGAAAUUGUAGGUGAACUUGCUACUAACUCAGGGAUUCUGUUUUGGAGUGGCAUAGUUCUUGGAAUGGUGUCCAUUGGUAUUUUGAGCUAUUCCAUUAUCAGGUAUUGGUGGAGAUGGAAAGAGCGGAGAUGGAGGAACCAAGAAUUACUUGACGCAGCUUCAGUCAGUGAUGAUGAGUCUGAAGAUAUACCGGAUGGGGAACUAUGCGUCAUUUGUCUAAUGAGGCAAAGGAGAUGUGCUUUUGUUCCUUGUGGACAUCGUGUUUGCUGUCCCCGCUGCACGAUAGAUGUUAAGAUUAGUUCAUCACCAAAAUGUCCUGUAUGUCGACAAAGCAUUAUCUCUUCCAUCAGGAUUUAUGAUUCUUGAGGGAUGUAAAACAGUGGAAGAUUACAAUGCAUGAUGACCAGAUUUUCGGAUCCUUGAACUUUCAGAUAUACAAGAUAUGCAUGCUUGUGGUAUAUUUGGACACCGUUUCAGUCUAGUUCCUGCUAAUCGACUACAUGGUUCACCCAUUGCCUGGGGUGGUAUAGAUUUUUUACCUGCUGAUAUAGUCAUCAAAAAAAAAAUACUGGUCUAGUGGGUCUGUAUGCGUUGCCGCGAUGACGUAAAGUUUUGUAAAUUGCAAAGAUGUUAUGAACUGUUUUGUUUGAGUACAUUUUAAUUGGUUGGUGGCAUUGAAUAUGUGCAAAGGUCGGCUCGUUAGCAUUGAAUUGCA